CUUCCCCGGUAUCGCCUGGAAUCAGGGGCAACCUAUCAAAGCUGCAUCACAUCACCCACAACGAUUGCGACGGGGCCCUCGACCAGCGUCUGGACCUCACAGAUGGACAACGAACAAGUAAACGCGCGAGCCCCCAACCCCGCCGAGUACCCCGAGAUUCCAUCCAUCUCCAAGAGCUACUGGAUCCGCGAGCACCAGAUCGAGUUCGAAGAUCAAUGCGCGCGUGUCCCGCUGCCCGCUGAGGUGGAUGUGGUGAUCAUCGGAUCCGGCAUCACCGGUGCGACAGUCGCAUAUCAGAUCGCGCGGUCGCAGCCACAUCUCCGCGUUGAGCUGGUUGAAGCGCGAGGGCUCUGCACGGGCGCGACGGGACGCAAUGGGGGCCAUAUUGGGCGGCCAGAAGUGUUCCACAUCCGGGAACUGGCCGAGGAGUUCGGCGCGGAGGAAGCCAUCAAGCUGCGACGGUUUGGACUGCGGAAUCGCAACAUGAUGGUCGACGCGAUCACGGAGUUGGGGGCGGUGGAGGAAACAGAUCUGCAGCUGAACGGGACGAUUGUCGUGUUUGAGACGGCGGAGGAAAAGGCGGGUUUUGUGGCGGACUUGGAAUGGGCGAGGGAGCACGGCCAUGAGCCGGAAGGGUAUGUGAUUGACGACCAAGAGGGUGUUUUAUCGAAAAUCACGCUCGCGGGAUCCCAUGCACAGCAUGGAGCGGCAUACAUAGAGACGUCGGGGACGAUCUAUCCCCGCAAGCUGGUUGCUGUGCUUCUCAGGGCCGCCUUACAGCAGAUGUCCGCAUUCACGGUCCAUUCGUAUACACCUGUCUCGUCAGUCACCCACGACCCCACCGCUGAGAAGUACAACUACACCGUGUCCACGAACCGGGGUGAUAUCAAGGCCCGCGCCGUCUUUCACGCCACGAACGGGUACGCCAGUCAUCUUCUUCCAUCAUUGUGUGGCACAGACGGGGUAUACGGUUGCAGAGCACAUAUGCUGGGCGUUCAACCCAACCGCACUGCGCCGGCCACUUGCCAACUCUCCCGUGGAUUUGGAUAUCAAGAUUUCUGGCAUUGGAUCCUGCAGCGCCCAAACCAUGGACCCUACCUCUAUGGCCUUGCCACUGCAGAAGAAGUCGGUGACUAUAACGACAAUGUAACCCUCGCAGACGACAAUCCGCAUAAACGUGGUAUGAUUGAUUUCCUGGCGAGUGCUUUCCCGCAUCAUUUCCAGGAUAUUGACAUCAAGAGGGACGUGCUGUAUGACUGGACGGGGAUCCAGGGCUUCACACAGAACGGCGCGAGCAUUGUUGGGCGGCCAACCCUGGGGAGUCCGGGCGAGUACGUCUCGGUCGGGCAUAACGGGGAGGGCAUGGGCCGGUGUUUCGCGAGUGCGAUGGUUGCAGCCGAUGCUAUGUUAAAUUAUCUGGAUGGUAAUAAGUUUUGGACACCACCAGAAUGGUUCCCAGCAUCGUUUGCGAGGAACUUGGGUGCUGGUGAUAUGUGAGAGUUAAGUAUAUGGAGGCCUUGUUCCACCAAACAAAGCGCGGUUCAGCCCUCACUUUGAUCAUUGAAAAUGUCAUGAACCACGUAUAAUCAUCCUUCCAGCACUUAAGGUUAUUACUAAGAAU